GGUUAAAAUGACGUCGAAGUGCACUGUAAACUGAAGAGAAGAGCAGUGGUUGUUGUGCGUAAAACUGGUAAAUAAGACACUCUAACUGGUCCAGAUGCUUUCUCAAUAAACACAUCUGGGUUAUUAGUCUUUGAUCAAGUAGCCCCACGCAGAAAAUGAAACUAUUUCUGCUAAAACACAGUCCCCUGACCCCUGCUUCAACCUAAACAGCCCGCAGAGUUUCGCAUACAGUGAAAUAAACAGUGUGAGAAACCGGUGAGAUGAAAGAAGGUGCGCUCUGAGCAUGUGGGAGGAGUGUGUGCACCUGCGGGCGCAAUCAUAGCGCUGCCUUGCUUAGCGGCAGAUACUGCAGCCUUUUCAGCCCCGGCAAGACGCACGGACGGACACCUGAGCCAUGGAUGCGGAGGAGAACUCCCCCGGAGCGCAGCUCUUGGACCCCAGCACCAACUCGCCACCCCCGGAGCCUAAAUGUGGGGAGGAAGAGGAAGAGGAGGAGGAGGAGGAGGAGGAGGAGGAGGAAGGGGAGGCCGGGCAGCCGGAGAAGCCUCCGUACUCGUACGUGGCUCUCAUCGCCAUGGCCAUCAAGGACAGCCAAUACAAGAGACAAACUUUGAGUGGGAUCUAUCAAUACAUCGUGUCCAGGUUUCCCUACUACGAGAAGAACAAAAAGGGGUGGCAAAACAGCAUCAGGCACAAUUUAUCUCUCAAUGAGUGUUUUGUGAAGGUGCCAAGGGAGAGCGGCGGGGACAGGAAGGGCAACUACUGGACGCUGGACCCCGCAUUCGAGGAUAUGUUUGAGAAGGGCAACUACCGGCGGCGGAGGAGGGUGAGGAGACCCUACAGACCGCCGAGCGUGCCUUACCUGGCCGGGAACCACGUGGAUUAUCCCGAGCAGCUUUACCUGCAGCCGUACAUGGGCAGCUCCUGGGGUCUGUGCCAGCCAGGCUCGUCCCAGACCGCAGCAUACCCACCGCCCCAGGUCAUGGCCGGACACACCCACGGCGUGUCCACCAGCGGCUCGGUGAAUUCGUACUGCCCGCCCCCGCACUUCCACCACGCUCCCUACGGGGCGUACCACCGACACACGCCGGUGCUGGUUCCUCACAACGGGUGUCCCUACGGCGGAGUGACCCAGCCGAUGAGCCCGGAAGGAGGCACCGUGUCCGUGGCGUGCAACUACCAGCAAUUCACGUCCUACGCGAGGCAAGCGGAGGCGCCGCUGGCUCAUUUAUAUGACCAGUAAGACUCUGGGGAGUUAUUCUGACCAGAUCACAGCCAGUUCAAUGACUCAUAAGUUCACCUGCUUCAUCAUUUCAGUCAUUUUACAGGUAAAGUUUAUUUUUUGGCUGUUGAAAACUUAGUUGGAUUGUUACAAUAACAGGCCUACGUUGAUUUAAUAGUUUUGCAAAAAAAAAAAAAAAAAAACAUGGAUCUACUCAUGGAUUUUUGACUUAAAUACAACGAUCAAGUUUGAACUGCAGGAAAAAACUUUUUUUUUUUAUUGUUGUUGGUGUUGAAUAAUUGUUUAACAAGUUGCGUAUAUAUUAGCCAUUUGUUACUGCGUUAUUUAUUUCUUUUCUCUGGUUUCAUCCAAUUUUCUGAGCUGCUACGACAGUUUUUGAAACUGAAGCACUGACAUUUUUUCUUGGUCUGUCCUGAAUGUUUGCUUUAUGUAAAAAUGGACCAUGUUUGUUGAAAUAAAAUGUUAUUUUUGCAUCA